AUGAGAAUCUUUCCCAGAAGAAGAGGCGCCACCUUGGCCAUGGCUGGAAAGUCUGGAGAUGAUCAGAAGUCUGAGGAUGAUCAGGAGUCUGGAGAUCAUCAGGAGUCUGGGGAUGACCAGGAGUCUGGAGAUGAUCAGAAGUCGGGGUUUUAUGAGCAUCACACGAUCUCGCAAGAUAUCUCUCGACAAAAACCGGGUAACGAGGGCAAGAACGGAGAAGCAGAAGCGAGCAUGCGCGAUCAACUGAGGGCAGAGAUAAUCGAACUUAAGAGAGAGAACGAGAUCCUAAAGCUGCGACUCGCCGAACACAAUCUCAUCAUUCCAACCUGGUUAGUUGUUCAUCGAAUCCAGGAAUCGUUUCAGGAGAUGCUUUAUCUCGACGAGCCCACCUGGGUUGUUGAAAACCGCAAACGCGUCUUCAAAGGCCAGGUUCCCAUUCGUGACCCACUCCUAUAUGCUUCAUGCAGAUCGAAUAUUGCCUUCAUGGUCACAAAAACCUACUCUUUUCAGCCCACUACCGGCAGGCCUCAGAACCAUUGUGAGGCGGCCUGCACGACAGAAAAUAUUCAGUUCAUAUCGGCUGAAAUGAAAACCGCCUUUUCUACGUUUGUUGAGAAUCAACCCAAUUUCUAUCGUGACUUCCCAGACUACAAUGGAAGAAACGAGCUCAAAUCGCCAUACCUCGCCUGGUAUCGCUACAGGAACAAUUCAAUCAGCGGCCUGCAGCAGAAAAAUGAAGAUCUGAUCACGCUCCUCGGUUCAUACGUCGAACUAUCUUAUGGUGAUGAGUAUAGGAGCGUCGACGAAAUGUUUGAUCGCGGGAUGGUGUCCCGGCGAGCGUGUAAAUAUCUCAUCCGCCCUGGCGAUGUGCUGAUCGACCGGAACCAUAAUCCGCCCCAGGCGUCGGUGGCCAGUUCGUGGACAAGACUAGUGCCAAGGAACACCAGAUUUGAGGAUAAAUUGGACAGUGAUUGGGCCGAGACUGACCUCAUGCACCUUGAACUUGAACCCACUGACGAGGAUCCCACUUGGGCGGUCAAAUCAUGGUUUUGGAACUACCAAGAGAAAUUCUUCAAAAGAGCGGUCCGGUUCAACCUCAAGAUUGGGAAAAAGGCCGACGGGAUCGAUGAUGAAGUCCCAAUCCAGAGCCUCGAGGUGCUGCCACUAAGAUUUGCAGAUGAGGAGACGAGACUAAUGUUCGAGGCUCGGGGGCGGAUGUACUGGACCUUCCGCAAUAAGAAACGUAAUGAAGAGUUGAUGGCUUCGGAGAUGCUGCAGAACGAAGAGCCUCCUGAUGAAGACACCAAAGACAUCGUACAAGCUUUAGUAACAAACAAGAUCGUGGCGGAGCGGGGGACAGAUCUUAUCGACAACAAAGGAAACGGCCUGAUCCUCCUUCUCCAUGGGAGCCCUGGCACAGGAAAGACCUUUACGGCAGAGAGCGUCGCGGAGCUAGCGGAGAAACCACUGUACCCCGUCACAUGCGGUGAUGUGGGAACUGAUCCGACCCAAGUCGAAAAAUACCUCGAGUCCGUGUUCCACUUGGGGAAAAUCUGGGGCUGUGUGGUGCUCUUGGAUGAGGCCGACGUGUUCCUAGAACAACGCACACUCAACGACCUAGAGAGAAACGCGCUCGUUUCCGUAUUUUUGCGCUGCCUCGAGUAUUAUGAGGGCAUCCUCGUCCUGACGUCGAACCGGGUUGGCACCUUUGAUGAGGCGUUCAAGUCGCGCAUUCACUUAGCACUUCACUAUGAAGAGCUAGGUGAGCCUCAGAGGAAACAAAUCUGGAAAAACCUUUUCGCGAGGCUCCGAGAUCUAGGGGAGCCGGACAUUAACUUUGAGGACGUGGAAGAAUACUACGACGAACUCGCGCAAACCCAACUGAAUGGGAGACAGAUCCGCAAUGCCAUUACAAUCGCGAGGCAGUUGGCCCUCUUCAAGGGGGCGAAGAUGAUUAGUGCGCACUUGAAACGCUCCAUCAGGAUCUCCAGUAAGUUUGAUACGUAUCUCAACAAGGUCAAGGAUGGUGUGUCCGACGAACAAAUUGCACGCGACGAGGGUUGGAGAUAA